AGGAAGGAAGCCGCAUCACGGGGGCGGUCACAUCCAAGGUUUCCGGGGCGGAAGUCGCCGGCGACGAGAUGCUCGUCAACGCCCGCGGCGAGAUGCUCGGCGGCGCCCCUCCAGAGUCUGCGCGCCUCGCUGAUGAGACAUCCGCCCUGAGUUUACAAGCAAAACAUUCAGCCGGAUCAAACCAUUUUUUUGUGAAAGAAAUGCAGCAUGCUCCAAGAUGGCAGGUGUCUUUUUUGGUGUCUGAUGGAUGCCCGCAAGAAGAUUGAACACGAGAUCGAAAGUAAAGCCAAGGCGUCCUUGAAAGAAGGGUUAGGUCAAGAGCAUAAAACUCCACACCCAGGUACAAAUAUUGAAGAUGAAGAAGGGAACCCUGGUAGUGAUAGGAAUGAAGAAGGGAGACAUCAGUGUGUGGAAGAUACUGAUUUAGAUGAGAGAGGCUAUGAUGUCGAGAUCACUGACACUGAAGCAUCAGACGAUUUGCUAUAUGAAGAAGUUCUGACGGUGCUGAUGAACGAAGAUAUGUCUGACGACCAGAUCAUCCGUUGUUUCCUGGUUGUGGCAUUAUCAACAUUCCUCUGCCCGACAUCAAACACUAAACCAAGCACCAAAUAUAUGGGAGCUCUAGUUAAUGUGGAGCAACUCAAGCAACUAAAUUGGUGCAGGUUUGAUCAUGAUUGGGAGUUGAUGUAUAUAAAGAAAUACCAAAAGGAAAAGCUGAAGCAGAACCGAACAAUGAUGACUCUAGGAGGAUGUAUAUACCACCUAGCAGUCCGUUGUCUUGAUUUUACUGAUUUUGGCUCAAUUCAAAUCCCAUCUUUGAUGCCCAGAAUAUGUGUCUGGAAGGGAGAUAUGGUCAAGCAUUUAAGUGACAUGACCAUUGGAAGAGAUGGAAAGUAUGGAUGUCUCACAAUAAAAGAAGUAUCAGAAACCCGCUACAAGGAUGGAACAUACGAGUGGGCAAGUACGAUUAAGAAUUCAAAUUUCAGGAAAGCGAUAAACAAUGUUGCAGGGAAUUCUUUGUCUGACAAGGUCAAAGAGGAUAUCUUCCUCGCUUACGAAAACCAUAUGAAGAAUGAAGACAUAAAUACUUGCAUCAAAGCUAAAGGGCUUCUGCUAGACACGAUCCGCAUCAUAACCAAUGCCUCUGGUGAAUCAGGUGAUACAGUUAAAGUGGGCUCAACAGGAACUGAAUUGAAUGCAAGCCAACAGUCCAACAACUCAGGAGACACUGUCAAACUACAAUCGACUGAACUUCAAGAGGAAAAUGACGGAGGGCAUCUGCUGCAAAGGAAAACGGAUGUUCUAUCAACUAGCCAACAGUCUGCUGGUUCUUCUGCAUCAAAAACAAAUGCUGGAAAAGGGAGCAUAAAUGAAGCUAAUGGGUUUUGUAGCAGCCCUCCUAAAGUCCAUGAAAUAGGCAAGUUGAAGUCUAACUCCGGAGCACAAUGUCAAAGAGAGCAUUCCUCAAAGGACCCCAUGCCAGAAAUGUGUGUUCCAGCCGCAUCAACUUUCGCUCCAAGAAACCAUGUAGAUGGAGGAGGAGGAUAGAUGCCCAAUCAAGUAGCGAACCACAUGAUCCCUGUUCAAUCAAGCACAAGAAGCCUUUGGAAUCUCUUUUGAAGGCUGACAAAAAAAUCCCCUCAAAACAGGGUGAAGAAAAGGAUGAAGUCCACACUCUAGAUAAUCAACAAGAGAAAAGCAGCAGCCUCAACUACAUGCUUAUUGGAGAAGCAAAAGAGAACCACGUUCAAAAUGUAGCAGAGAGUGCCAAGGAAGACAUCCCAACAGAGCUCAUUCAGUCCAAAAUAAUUUUCACGGAAUCAAAGCAAACAACAUUUUCUGGUUUUCAAAACACAUCAAUUCAGGAAUUGGACCUGCAGAGGAAAAAAUUUAGGGGGCGCCUGGAUAACCUGAGCAUAGACAUUAAUGUAAAAGCGCAACCAGAGAGUGGGACACAUACAGAUGAGGUUUUUGCAAGAGGAUAUAAAAUCAUUAGCGACUUUCUAGACAAGGCAAGAGAAAAAUAUUUCUUCGCCGAUGAUAGCACCCCCUCAUUCAGGAUCUCUGAAGAUGUGGAUGAAUGUGGAAAUAUAAUCGAAGAACAUGAAUUGUGGAGGCCUGUAUGGAUGAAGGAUGAGUGUUACAAAAAAAGAUAGAGGC